GGCUAGCAACAUUCCCAUGUCUUCUCGCCACCUCAAUCAUUUCGCCCGUGGGUUGGCACGGACAUCCCCAACAGCAUCUCUCUGUUGGCAGAGACCAGUUUCCACGUCACUCAUACAACAAAUUCGAACAUAUGCCGCAAAACGAAAGGGCGAGAAGGAGCCGAAAGGGGAGAAAAUCAAACACACUCCGAUUGUCUCGACCGAUGCUCUGAUCCCUGGAUCUCAACGGAUAGCAGCGGGAGAGGAGUAUACGAAGGCAGAAGGAAAGAUGAAGGCGAUCUUGGACAAAUAUCGCAAGGAUGUGGCGGGCUUGGAGUUGCGGGCGAGCGGCCGUGUAACGCCUGCUAUAUUGUCGCCGGUGCGUGUGGUCCUGCCUGACCACGAUAAUGCAGAUAGCAAGGGCGUGAGACUGGAAGAGAUUGCCACGGUUGGUGUCAGAGAGGGAACAACGUUACUCAUCACGGUGUUCGAGGAACAUACAUUGAAAUAUGUUGAAGACGCGCUCUAUGAGGCUAAGCUGCCCGGUGUUGUCCCUCAGAAGGCCGAUGCGCGCACGAUCAAGAUACCCAUGCCAAAACCGACCGUCGAAGCGCGACAGGCCAUGAUCGCGACUGCUCAGAAACAGGCAGAAGACGCCCGAGUUCAGAUCCGCAAGCAGCAACAGACAAGCCUGAAGAAGGGCAAAUAUGCCAAGUACUCAGUUGAGAUGGACGAAUUUCAAAGUCUCACAGAUAAGUAUUCGGGCGAGAUCGACAAGGUUCUCGCCGAGGCGAAGAAGAACACGGGCUCAAAGUGAGAAGAUUAUAGGGCCAGCAUGUUAACGGGUUGUCGUGUAGGAUCUAUGUUAGUUACAUAGAGAUACUCCCAAAAUCUCCCCCCCCCCCCCCCCCCCCCCCCCC